UCCCAGGUCGAGGAUUUCAACUUCACUUAACGCCAAACUUCGCCUUUUUCCACCUCUUUUUUUUUUUUUUUAUUAAUAUUAUUUGAUUUUUACCCCCCCCUUCACCAAGGAAGAAGAAGAAGGAAAAGGGGGGGAGGAAAGGGGGGAAAAAGGGGGGGACAUCCAGGAAAAUACCCAUUUUGCUGGAUUUUCUCUUUUUCUCUCCCUCUGGAUGGUCUAAUGGAAAAGUUAAUUGCAGCUGAACGUACCUAUUUUUGUGGAUGUUGCAUGAUUGGGGGGGUGUUUGCUUUUUUAUUUAUUCGUGGCUUUUUUUUUCUUACACGGGGGUGGCGGAAGAAGCGGGGGGGGGUGGUUAUUAUUAUUAUUAUUACCAGUAUAAUUUUUAUUCCUUUUUUCAUGUCCCGUCCCCCCCCUUUUCUUCCUUUCCUCUCUUUCCGCAUUAACCGGUUUUGUCUAGAAAGUGGUCUCGCUGGCUGGAAGGUCUAACGGGGGAAUAUUUUUGCAUCGCGCUUUGGCAGGAAUGCGGCAGCCUUAGCGAGGGACCCAAAUUUCCGUGGCGGUGCUUAGAGAGGAAAAACCCCACGUUCCCACGGGUCGGAAAAACGCCCCGCGUGCAGCACCCGGUCUCAGCUAGAGCUGGAGAUGGACGCGGAUAAGGGGAAGCAACGCCAGUACUCGCAGAGGAUGGCGGAGCCUCGUUUCAACAACCCCUACUUCUGGCCGCCCCCCCCCACCAUGCCCAGCCAGCUGGACAACCUGGUCCUGAUCAACAAAAUCAAAGAGCAGUUGAUGGCGGAGAAGAUCCGACCCCCUCACUUGCCCCCCACCUCCGUGGCCUCCCAGCAACCCCUCCUGGUGCCCCCCUCGCCCGCCGAAAGCAGCCAGUCCAUCAUGUCCCUCCCCAAACUGCAGCAGGUCCCGGGUCUCCACCCUCAAGCUGUCCCCCAGCCCGACGUGGCCCUGCACGCCCGACCGGCCACCAGCACCGUCACAGGGUUGGGGCUGGCUUCCCGCGCGCCGGCAGUCAGCACCUCCGAAUCCAGCACGGGGACGGGGACCACCACCCCUUCGACUCCCACCUCCACCAGCCAGAGCCGCCUCAUCGCCUCCUCGCCCACCCUAAUCUCAGGAAUCACCAGCCCCCCCCUCCUCGACUCCAUAAAGACAAUCCAGGGCCAUGGCUUGCUGGGGGCACCCAAGGCGGAACGGGGCCGGAAGAAGAUCAAGGCGGAAAAUCCCUCGGGCCCGCCGGUCCUGGUGGUCCCCUAUCCCAUCCUGGCCUCGGGGGAGACCGCCAAAGAGGGGAAGACGUACAGGUGUAAGGUCUGCCCCUUGACGUUCUUCACCAAGUCGGAGAUGCAGAUCCACUCCAAGUCGCACACAGAGGCCAAGCCCCACAAGUGCCCCCAUUGCUCCAAAUCCUUCGCCAACGCCUCCUACCUGGCCCAGCACCUGCGCAUCCACCUGGGCGUCAAACCCUACCACUGCUCCUACUGCGAGAAGUCCUUCCGCCAGCUGUCCCACCUCCAGCAGCACACCAGGAUCCACACCGGCGACAGACCCUACAAGUGCCCGCACCCCGGCUGCGAAAAGGCCUUCACGCAACUCUCCAACCUCCAGUCUCACCAGCGACAGCACAACAAGGACAAGCCCUACAAGUGCCCCAACUGCUACCGGGCGUACACGGACUCGGCCUCGCUGCAGAUCCACCUCUCGGCUCACGCCAUCAAGCACGCCAAGGCCUACUGCUGCAGCAUGUGCGGCCGCGCCUAUACCUCGGAGACCUAUCUGAUGAAGCACAUGUCCAAACACACCGUGGUGGAGCACCUCGUCAGCCAGCACUCGCCGCAGCGGACGGAGUCGCCCGGCAUUCCCGUACGGAUCUCCCUCAUCUAAGCGGGGGGGACGCCUUCGGCAGCGGGGAGCUGGGACGGGGAGGGGGACCACACACGCGCGCCCCCCAACCCCGCACGGAGGAAGAGGAGGAGGAGGAGGAGGAAGCAAACCCACCCGCAGCACCCCAGCGCUGGCCGGGAGCCCUGCGGGACGUGCCCCGGGGCCGUGUGUCCGUCCCCCGCCCCGCUCCGGGUCCCCGCAGGUUUGGUGACAUCCAAAGACGGUUUCAGAGCACUUUGAAUCUCUGCGGUUUGGUUUUCUUUUUUGUUUUUUUGGGGGGGUGGGGGGAAGGCGGGGGGCCGUGGGGGGAGGGGAGCUUUUUCCUCCCCCCGCAAGUCCCUGCCCCCGCCCCCCCCUCACUUUUUGGAUACAAAUAUAUAUAUAUAUUUAUUGGCCAAGAACUUGGUGCUGCUAAAAACCAGAAAUACGACCCAAAACGAACCGUGGAUGGAGAAAACAAAGCGGGGGGGGGUGUGGGGUGUGUGUCCCGCUGCCGCCUCCCCCCCCACGGACUCUCUGGCGGGAGCAGACGGGACUCGGGCUGGGGGCCGCGGCGGCCGCCACCUCCCGGGGGACAGUUGGGGUUUAUUUUUAACCAUUUUUUGGCGGGGUUUGUUGGUUUUUUUUGUUCGAUUUUUUUUUUUUAAUUAUUUUUUUUGGCGGUCCCUUUUGGGGGCGAAGCCGGCGGGCAGAGCCGUGUCCCUCCGGGGCUGGAUCCGACACCCCCCCCUUAAUUCCGAGGAUGCCCCCCCCCCCCAAAAUCCGUCUGGGGCGGGGGUUAAAUCGCUUUGCCUUGUGCCUGUACAUAAACCCGUGUAUAGAGCCGGGGGGGGCGCGCCCCCGCCGAGCGCGACAAGAGAGAGAAAAACUCAUCUAUAUUCUGUACUCUUUGGUUCCGGUUUUGGAUAUUAACUGCGUUAUUUUUUUAUACACUUUUUAAGCCUUAACUCAUUGUUUAUUUUGUUUUUUUUUUUUUUUUCGCCAGGGUGUUUUAUUUACCUUGUUUAUUAAUUUUUAACCCCCUCCCCGUUAUUUUUUAUUUCCCCCCCCCUCCCUCGCCCCCCCCUCGAUGUUGUACGAUACUCAAUAUUGUAAUCUUUUUUGUCAGCAUGUUAAUACUGUGUAAAUACGCCUCUUAUACACUUAACGCCCCUCCUUGCCCCCCCCCCCGCCUCGUUUUGGGGCUUUUUUUAUUUUCCUCGAUGGAAAUCCAGGCCACGCGUCCCUAGAGCUAGUUCUUACCUUAUUAAAAAAGGAGAAAAAAAGGAAAAAAAAAA